UAGACCAUAUUAACUUAGCCUUUGACUAGGACGCUAAAGCGACAACGGAUGCUGUCCCAUCAUCAGUUCACACCCGACAGGCGCUGCAGCGCACCGCUCUCCCAUGACCCCCAGGUUCACAGCCCUAAACUGAGCCGCACCGUGGACGACGAGACCGGAGGACAUCGAGGAAGGGACGUGGGGAAACGCCGACAGGGGCAAAGUCCACUGCGCAGCACAAUUGCGGUUCUCUCCCUAGAAACGCGUCCAACUUGGACAAGAAAUAUACGCCCCUCCCGCGUGUCAUUUCACGCCUAAACAUGUCAUCAUCGGGCAAGGAGGCCAGUAGCGGACAUUGCGCCAACUAUGUGGGACCCUACCGCUUGGAGAAGACGCUGGGAAAAGGACAAACAGGUCUUGUCAAGCUGGGCGUCCAUUGUGUCACAUGCCAGAAGGUUGCUAUAAAGAUAGUCAACAGAGAAAAACUCAGCGAGUCUGUUCUUAUGAAGGUCGAGCGGGAGAUAGCCAUUCUAAAACUCAUAGAACAUCCUCAUGUAUUAAAGCUGCAUGAUGUCUACGAAAACAAGAAAUACCUGUACCUGGUGCUAGAGCAUGUGUCUGGUGGGGAGCUUUUUGACUACCUAGUGAAAAAGGGCAGGCUAACGCCUAAAGAAGCACGAAAAUUCUUCCGACAGAUCAUAUCAGCCCUGGACUUCUGCCACAGUCACUCCAUAUGCCACAGAGACUUGAAGCCAGAGAAUUUGUUAUUAGAUGAGAAGAACAACAUCAGGAUAGCAGACUUUGGCAUGGCAUCUCUGCAGGUCGGAGAGAGUCUGCUUGAGACAAGUUGUGGCUCACCGCACUACGCCUGCCCAGAGGUUAUCAGGGGGGAGAAGUAUGAUGGCCGGAAAGCAGAUGCAUGGAGCUGUGGAGUAAUCCUGUUUGCACUUUUAGUGGGCGCUCUGCCUUUUGAUGAUGACAACUUGAGGAAUCUUUUGGAGAAGGUGAAACUCGGAAUUUUCCACAUGCCUCACUUCAUCCCUCCAGAAUGCCAGAACCUUCUUCAGGGCAUGAUUGAAGUGGAUGCUUCCAAGAGAUUGACGUUGGAGCAGAUCCAGAAGCAUACAUGGUACCUAGCUGGAAAGAAUGAGCCUGAGCCUGAACAGCCCAUCCCCAGAAAAGUGGCCAUCAGGAUGCUGGCUACAGCAGAAGAGAUAGACCCAGAUGUCCUGGAGAGUAUGCACUCUCUGGGCUGCUUCAGGGAUAAGGACAAGCUCGCCAAAGACCUACUGUCUGAUGAUGACAAUCAGGAAAAGAUGAUCUACUUUCUUCUACUUGACCGCAAAGAAAGAUAUCCAAGCCACGAGGACCAGAACCUUCCUCCACGCAAUGAGAUUGCAGACCCUCCCAGGAAGCGUGUGGACUCCCCCAUGCUGAGUCGUCACGGGAAGCGGAGACCAGAGAGGAAGUCGAUGGAAGUGCUUAGCGUCACAGAGGGAGGAUCGCCUGUCCCAGUACGGCGAGCCAUCGACAUGGCAAAGCAUGGUCAAAGGUCACGGUCGAUCAGUGGAGCGUCCUCCGGUCUGUCCAUCAGUCCGCUCAGCAGUCCGAGGCCCAACCGGCGUUUUUUCAUUCCACCCCAGUCCUCAGACUUGUGUCAGUCCCCCAAUUGGAGCCCCACCCACUCCCUUGAGGUCCGCCUUAAUGGGGUGGGACCCCGCACACCCAACUCCUUCCAGCCCAAGAUGGGGUCUCCCCUUAUGCACCCUCGCACCCAGACCCUCCCUGCCAAGCCCAAAGUGUCUGCAAAGCCUCUGCUGACUACCAGGUCCAACCCACUCCCCAACACAGCUAAGACUGCCUCCACCCCCAAGUCUGAGCCCUCCACACCCAUCCAGCCUUUAGCACCCUGCAUCCCCGACAGCCCCCGUGUGAUGCACCACCCUCCCCUUACUGUCCCCCCAAAGCUUUCCAUCCCUCUGUCUCCCGUGCCUCCUAUGUCACCCCUGCGCCGCCACCACCUGCACCCUGACCACAAUGGCAAAUCUUUCCCCAACUCGCAGGUUACCCCCCAUCCUUCCCCUAGAGGAAGCCCUCUCCCCACUCCCAAAGACACCCCGGUGCACACACCAAUGGACAGCCCAACUGGAACACCUAGCCCAACACCUCCACCCAGCCCCUCGAUUGGGGGCAUGCCCUGGAGGACGCGCCUCAACUCCAUCAAGAACAGCUUCCUGGGCUCACCUCGUUUCCAUCGCAGGAAAAUGCAAGUUCCCACACAAGAGGACAUGUCCAGUCUCACCCCAGACUCGUCUCCAGAACUUGCAAAAAAGUCCUGGUUCGGGAACUUCAUCACCCUGGAGAAGGAGGAGCAGAUCUUCAUCGUAAUCAAAGACAAACCUCUCAGCUCCAUAAAGGCAGACAUUGUCCAUGCUUUCCUCUCUAUACCCAGUCUGAGCCACAGUGUCAUAUCCCAGACAAGUUUUCGAGCUGAGUAUAAGUCCACAGCUGGUCCAACAGUUUUCCAGAAGCCUGUGAAGUUCCAGGUGGACAUCACCUACUCAGAGAGUGUCAGUGCCACCAAGGAGAACGGCAUCUACUCUGUCACCUUCACACUGCUCUCAGGUCCCAGCCGACGUUUCAAGCGGGUAGUGGAGAUUAUUCAGACCCAAUUGCUCAGCUCCAAUGACCAGCCCGGCAUACAGCCCCAGAUCUCUGAUGGCUGUCAAUGCUCGGCCCCUUUUCCAAGUAAAACCUCCAAGCGUGGUAAGACCCAGAGUGGCUAGAAUAUCAAGGCAAAAUACCUUACGUCUGGCUUUGACCCACACUGGCAACAUCCUGGAAGCAGUCACCAUCACACCCUGUUUGCACUAACAUGUGUACCUGAAAGUGUGUGAGUAAGCUAUACAAAUAAUUGUGCGUUUACAGCAGACUCACUUAAAAAUGAAUUUAAGUUGAUUAGCGGUUACUUUUGACGACCUAGUUAGUAUAGUUUGUUUAGGAUGGAGGCCAAAUUUAUGCUGGCUACUUUGCAGUGAACAGCAGAGGAUCCAGUUGAUUUAGGUUGAAGUAGUUUGCCGGCUGCAUUCGGAAUCGGAAUGAACCUUGCUGCAACCAGCUUGCAUCUAGCAGCCACACUGCAGAGGCAUUAUUUCUAAAGAAGCACGUCAAUGGCAUUGUAACUAAACAUGGUCCUUGAUAACAAAAAAAAAAGCAUAAUAUAAAUAUAAUGUACUGCAUGAAAAUGUUGCUACAUGCAUAUAAAAAGUCUGAUUUGUUAAAUUUUAAUUAAAUUGAAAAAAUUGUGUUAAUGUGUUUGUGCUUGUAUAUGUGUACCUCUGCAAAACUUUGCAUGGUAUUUGUUAACACUGUGUUGUACAACCCUCCUCAUCAGCUUUCCAUUUAAAAAAUUCCCCACAGUAACACAUGAUGUAUCAUGAAUGCAAGUCUCUGUGUUUCUGGAGAGUAAAGCAUGGUAAGUUAAUCACGACAAACAGGGCAACAAGAUGGAGCAACAUUUGGACACUAACUUUAAGCAUAAGUAAAUGAGCAUUUAUUUGUCUGCUGUACUGAUGCAUGUUUUAUCCACUCUUGACUGUUUUAUUGCACUUACCAACUGCCUUUGUCUUAUUGGGUGGAUGUAGUUGUGAUGGAAGUAAGAUGGAGAGCUAAAAGGAGCUUUGAAAGACUUUUCUACAAUGAAAGACAGAUCUUUGCCAUGCUCGAUAGAACGAUAUCGCCAGUGCAUCUCAGCUCAGCUCAACCUUAUUUAUGGAGCACUGGAGAAAACAGCCCCAGCUGUAACAAAGUGCUGGACAUAGGAUCGAACAUAAAACACAAUAAAUAUAACACCAUUAAGAAUAACAAUGUAUAAAUAGAUAUUCAAUUCUCAUUAAAAUAGACAAGAAGAGCUCCCUUUCACAAUGGCAUUCGGCAUACAGGAGGUCCAUAAUUUUUCUCUUUUUUUGCACAGUACACUACAGGGCCAGAUCCCCCAUGUCAUUUUAUGUGGCCCACGAAACCAAAUCAUGUGUGAAAUUCUAUGAUUCGUGCUAAAAUCUGUACAAAAAUUUCAAAUUGUCAUAUGUAAUAAAUCAUAAGGUUGAGAUAUUGCAUAGAUUUGUUUUUGGUUACCAAACCCCUUUACAGUAACUUGAACAAUAGUUGAACAAACUAUCUUUGACUUCUGAUUUCAAAAGUAGUUAUCCAUCAAUUUGUUGUGUCUUUGUAAUAACAUCAGGAGGCGCGUAAACAUUCAUAUGGUUUUACAGUCAUAACAGCCCUCCAAGGGAAAGUGGAACUACAAUGUGGCCCGCGAAAAAAAUGAGUGCUGACACUCUACAUGUUGUGUGAAUUUGUUCGUCAAUGAGAGAGAGAGAGAGAGAGGAACAUGAUGGAAGUCUCCACUGACCAGAAUGAGGGUGCCGAGAUGAUGGAAUUGUAAUAUCGAUGUCACAGAUUUCACUCACGUUGCAGGAGCUGAAGUUUGAAUGUAAACAAACAACAGCAGUUUUGUAACAGUCAUUACAUCUUCCAUUGGUAACACAGAUACAGAAGGAAUUGUCCAAAUACUCUGUCCCAUUUAUUCCUCGCUCUCGAUUCACUGCGCUGGCUCUCGUCCCUCUCCUUGCAAAUUGAUACUCUUACACUUACAGUAGAGAGUAAGUCAAAGUGUGAAACAAUGGCCAUGGGAUACAGGAUAUGUUUUGCCAAGCCAUUUCAUGCCCCAAAAACUGUGACUUAGUGAACGGUUGCUGCAAAUAAAUAUUUUCAAUUGCCAAGUCUUUCAUCUGAUCUCAACCAAAUGAGCAUGUUUUUUUCUCACUAGAGACAAAGUUGAAGGCAAGAACAUCCACAAACAAAGCUGCAAGCUGAAGGUGGCAAAUUUGCAAAUCAUGUUAAACCUAUAUUUAAUUAAAUACAAAGACAAGAUAUUUAAUGUUCAAACUGAUAAACUUAAUUGUUUUUAGCAAAUAAUCAUGAACUUGGAAUUUUAUGGCUGCAACACAUUCCAAAAAAGCUGGGACAGGGGCAUGUUUACCACUGUGUUACAUCACGUUUUCUUUUAACAACAUUCAAUAAACGUUUGGGAACUGAGGACACUAAUUGAUGAAUCUUUGUAGGUGGAAUUCUUUCCCAUUCUUGCUUGAUGUACAGAUUCUGCUGUUCAACAGUCCGGGGUCUACGUUGUCGUAUUUUACGCUUCAUAAUGGGCGACACAUUUUCAAUGGGAGACAGGUCUAGACUGCAGACAGGCCAGUCUAGUACCCGCACUCUUACUACGAACCCACGCUGUUGUAACACGUGCAGAAUGUGGUUUGGCAUUGUCUUGCUGAAAUAAGCAGAGGCGUCCAUGAAAAAGACGUUGCUUGGAUGGCAGCAUAUGCUUCUCCAAAACUUGUACGUACCUUUCAGCAUUAAUGGUGCCUUCACAGAUGUGUAAGUUACCCAUGCCAUUGGCACUAACACAGCCCUAUACCAUCACAGCUGCAUCACAGAUUAACUUUGUGUCCAUAACAGUCCAGAUAGUUCUUUUCCUCUUUGGCCCGGAGGACACGACGUCCACAAUUUCCAAAAACAAUUUAAAAUGUGGACUCGUCGGACCACAGAACACUUUUCCACUUUGCAUCAGUCCAUCUUAAAAGAGCUCGGGCCCAGAGAAGCCGGCGGCGUUCGUGGGUGUUGUUGAUAAAUGGCCUUUGCUUUGGAUAGUAGAGUUUCAAGUUGCAUUUGCGGAUGUAGCGCUGAACUGUAUUUACUGACAUUGGUUUUCUGUCGGUUUUUGAUGCAGUGUCGCCUGAGGGAUCGAAGGUCAUGGGCAUUCAAUGUUGGUUUUACAUGCAGUGAUUACUCCAGAUUCUCUGAAACUUUUGAUGAUAUUAUGGACCGUAGAUGAUGAAAUCCCUAAAUUCCUUGCAAUUGUACGUUGAGGAACAUUGUCCUUAAACUGUUUUGACUAUUUUCUCACGCCCUUGUUCACAAGGAGGUGAACCUCGCCCCAUCUUUGCUCGUAAAUGACUGAGCAAGCUCCUUUUAUACCCAAUCAUGGCACCCACCUCUUCCCAAUUAGCCUGUUCACCUGUGGGAUGUUCCAAACAGGUGUUUGAUGAGUAUUCCUCAACUUUUUUGCCACCUGUCCCAGCAUUUUUGGAACAGUUGCAACCAUAAAAUUCUAAGUUAAUGGUUAUUUGCAAAAAACAAUAAAGUUUAUCAGUUUGAAAAUUAAAUAUCUUGUCUUUGUAGUGUAUUCAAUUAAAUAUAGGUUGAAUAUGAUUUGCAAAUCAUUGUAUUCUGUUUUUAUUUAUGUUUAACACAACAUCCCAACUUCAUUGGAAUUGGGGUUGUAAUUGCAGACAAUUUCAUCAAAGAAUUCCGAAUUAUGGCUAUAUUUACUACAAUAUAUAAGUACAGAUAUUUUUAAUAAAUCAAAAUGGACCAACUGUGCAUGACUGAUGAAUUUAUAAAUGUGCUAUUUGUUUAGGUAGAUAUAGAGAAGGAUGGGUUCUGUGGUUCUUUUCUGUGCCACUGUCAUGAAUUGUCUUCCACUGUGCCAAUUAGCUCUCCAUCUCAGCAAAGGAAAAUGAGACUCUGAUGCAAAGAUUGCUAUUAAUUUGACACUCAUGCAUCCCUCACCAGUGUUUGUACAUUACAAACACUUGGUGCGGUUUGUUUGGUCUGGUUUCAACAUAGUAACUACACUCAGAUAUGGAUCAAAUCAACCUAUUGAGACCAUGUACAAUCGUUUGCCGCAGUUCAGCUUUAAUGAAAUCGUGAUCCUACCUCAAGCUCAUCCAAAAGACCAAUCAACCACUCAUUUUUUACCUCAAACAACAUAAUGGUGACUUUACAGGUGGUAAACAGAUAAAACCCACGACUGACUGAAAAAAUAUCUUUGAUUUAGCAUGUAUGCGGUUUGCAUAUACAGUAAUCAUACAUGUUAAAGCAACUCAUCUUUUCACCAUGUGAAGUUAGAUGAAAUUGCUUGUGACAUCCACUCAGCUGUUUGCUGGUGUGCGUGGUAGAAUAGCCAUAAAUCUUUUAAACGAUUAAGAAAACAAAUUUGCAUUGUGUUUCAUUAUUAUGGUCAUCAUAUUGUUUCAUUAACUAAUUUGUGCAGCAUUCUUGCACACGCUACUGACCAAUCAAUGAUGUGGACAAUAUGGUUAGUUGUGAUGCAUUUUGAUUCAUGUCGAUUUUUUAUUUUUUUUUUUAACCGCUGGAACAUUCACCAAACUAUGGGGGACACUGACCAAGUUUACAAACCUUUCAAAUGAGUUGGAUGAAAGAAAGCAAGAAAAGCAAGUGAACGCACAUCUUACUUUGUUAUUGAGUUGGCCCAUCCAUCCAUCCAUCCAUUUUCUGAGCCGCUUCUCCUCACUAGGGUCGCGGGCGUGCUGGAGCCUAUCCCAGCUAUCAUCGGGGAGGAGGCGGGGUACACCCUGAACUGGUUGCCAGCCAAUCGCAGGGCACAUACAAACAAACAACCAUUCGCACUCACAUUCACACCUACGGGUAAUUUAGCUAUUUAAUGUUCAAACUGAUCAACUUUAUUGUUUUUAGCAAAUAAUCAUUAACUUAGAAUUUUAUGGCUGCAACACGUUCCAAAAAAGCUGGGACAGGGUCAUGUUUACCACUGUGUUGCAUGACCUUUUCUUUUAACAACAUUCAAUAAACGUUUGGGAACUGAGGACACUAAUUGUUGAAGCUUUUUAAGUGAAAUUCGUUCCCAUUCUUGCUUGAUGUACAGCUUCAGCUGUUCAACAGUCUGGGGUCUAAGUUGUCGUAGUUUAUGCUUCAUAAUGCGCCACACAAUUUCAAUGGGAGACAGGUCUGGACUGCAGACAGGCCAAUCGAGUACCCGCACUCUCUUACUACGAAGCCACGCUGUUGUAACACGUACAGAAUGUGGCUUGGCAUUGUCUUGCUGAAAUAAGCAGGGGCGUCCAUGAAAAAGACGUUGCUUGGAUGGCAGCAUAUGUGUCUCCAAAACCUGUAUGUACUUUUCAGCGUUAAUGGUGCCUUCACAGUUGUGUAAGUUACCCAUGCCAUUGGCACUAACACAGCCCCAUACCAUCACAGAUGCUGGCUUAUGAACUUUGCUUCCAUAACAGUCAGGAUGGUUCUUUUCCUCUUUGGCCCGGAGGACACGACAUCCACAAUUUCCAAAAACAAUUUGAAAUGUGGACUCAUUGGACCACAGAACACUUUUGCACUUUGCAUCAGUCCAUCUUAGAUGAGCUCAGGCCCAGAGAAGCCGACGGCGUUUCUGGGUGUCGUUGAUAAAUGGCUUUUGUUUUUUGUUAGCGCAGAACUGUAUUUACUGACAUUGGUUUUCUGAAGUGUUCCGUUUCUGUUUUAUUUAUGUUUAACACAACAUCCCAACUUCAUUGGAAUUGGGGUUGUAAUUGCAGAGGUGAACCUCCCCCCAUCUUUGCUUGUGAAUGGGAAGUAAUGGGGAGCUCCUUUUAUACCCAAUCAUGGCGCCCACCUCUUCCCAAUUAGCCUGUUCACCAGUGGGAUGUUCCAAACAGGUGUUUGAUGACCAUUCCACAACUUUCUCAGUCUUUUUUGCCACCUGUCCCAGCUUUUUUGGAACGUGUUGCAGCCAUAAAAUUCUAAGUUAAUGAUUAUUUGCUAAAAACAAUCAAGUUUAUCAGUUUGAACAUUACAUGUCUUGUGUUUGUAGUGUAUUCAAUUAAAUAUUGGUUGAACAUGAUUUGCAAAUCAUUGUAUUGUUUUUAUUUAUGUUUCACACAACGUCCCAACUUCAUUGGAAUUGGGGUUGUACUAUAAAAAUAAAGGUUUGAUUGUUUGACUACUGAAGGACAAAAAAGAUAUAAUCUUAACACUACAGACCCUUUCCCAAAAAAUUUAAUAUAAUGGAAAAGUUUAUUUAUUUCCAUAAUUCCAUUAAAAAAGUUAAACUUUCAUAGAUUAUAGAUACGAGGCACACAAUUUAAACAGUUCAAGUAUUUAUUUAUUUAUUUUUACAAAUUUGGGCUUCUGGCUCAUAAAAGCCACAAAAUCAGGAAUUCCAAAAAUUAGAAUACUCUCAUCAAAUCACCAUUUACUUCUUAGUUGGGUCACAUUAAAGUAAUCAAAAUAUGUUACUUUCAAAACGAUGUAUAAAGGCUUCUUUAUACUCACGCGGGCGGCGACCGCGCUGACGUCACUGCGGCUAUCCCUCGCUUGCCUUUAUACUUUAUAGCUCAACUCACACGCGUAGUUUUGAAAAUGUACUGCAGUUCACCUCCAAGUCGGGGGUGUCGCUACGGCUGGUAUUGGCUAGAACACCACAGGGUGGAUUUUCCUCUGCAUUUUGUUGCCAUUUCCGGUAGCCGUUUUUAAUUUCCUUUCCAUAACAAGGAACAAAGCAGCAACGAUGGCGACCGUGGAACAGUGUCUGCUAGAACAAAUGGACCCAGAUGACCAGAUGAUAUGUUUAAUUAUGCUACAAGAUCUAUCAAAAAAGGUGGCAGCGUCGGUGGUAUGUGGAACAUAGAGGAAGGCUGAGUACGUCAUCACAGCAUGCGACUAAAACGGACAAAUCACAAGAGAUCUCCGCGGCAUUCUACGCGUAGCAACAAUUUUUGCCGUGUGCGCGUCAAGUGACGCAGAGGGGCCACAUAGGGGGCCGCGCGGGCCAAUGCGUCGGUCACGUGAUGCAAUGCUGGCAUUGUCAGGACUAUAAAGAGGCCUUUAAUCUUCAAUACUUGGUUGGGAAUCCCUUUGCUCUCAUUACUGCCUCGAUGCGCCGUGGCCUUGAGUCAACCAGCUUGUGGCAUUGCCUGGGAGUUAUGGAAGCCCAGAUUUCCUUGAUGCUUGCUGUCAGUUCUUCUUUGUUUUGGGGUCUGGUGCCCCUCAUUUUCCUCUUGAUAAUACCCUUUAGAUUCUCCAUGGGUUUUAGAUCAGGCAAGUUGGCUGGCCAGUCAAGCACUGUGAUGGCAUUGGCAUCAAACCAGGUUUUGGUGCUUCUGGUGGUAUGGGCAGGUUCCAGGUCCUGCUGGAAGAUGAAAUAUUCAUCUCCAUACAGAUUCUCAGCAGAAGGAAUCAUGACGUCCUCUAAAACAUUCUGGUAUAGACUGUUGCGGUGACCUUGGAUUCAAUAAAGCAGAGUUCACCAACACCUGCACUGGACAUUGCACCCCAAAUCAUGACUGACUGUGGAUAUUUCACACUGGACCUCAAGCAGCUUGGGUUCUGUUCUUCACUUGUCUUCCUCCAAACCCUUGGACCUUGAUUUCCAAAUGAAAGGCACAGUUUCAUUGGAAUAGAGGACCUUGGACCACUGGCCAACAGUCCAGUCCUUGUUCUCCUUGGCCCAGUUGAGACACUUCCUACGUUGGCUCAGGCUCGGAAGCGGCUUGACCAGAGGAACCCGACAGUUGUAGCCCAUCUUCCGGAUGUGUCGGAAUGUGAUGUUUUUUUAAGCUGUGACUCCGGCCUCAUUCCACUCCUGGAUCCGUGCUAGAUUCUUGAAACUUCUCAUCUCUUUUCCUGAUGCAUCUUCUCCUGCCACAUUUUGUCCUUCCACUAAACUUUGUGGCUUACCCAUCGUAUGAAGGGUAUCAAUGAUGGUCUUCUGGCCAGUUGUCAAGUCUGCAGUCUUCCCCAUAUUGAACCCAACUGAGACAAUUGAACCAAACUAAAACAAUUUAAUGAUACCAUCUGCUUUGAGUUAAGUAGAUGAUUAGUGUGUGACACUCAGUUUAAAACAUUUAUGGCCUGCAAAAUUUGGGCUAAUUUCUUCACAGUAUUCUAAUUUUUUUAAUUCUUGAUUUUGUGGGGUUUAUGAGCUGGAAGCCCAAAUUAUGUAAACAACUAAAUAAAUAAAAUACUUGCAAUCAUUUGCCUCCUCCGACAGAUUGAUUUGACAAGAUUAGCCCAGUGGUCGUAAAAAACAGAAUACACUUGCCAGUGUUCUGACCUAGACACUGCAGUAGUCAGCCUUAGUACCAUUGAAAGAGACCAAACGUGUCUUAUAGUCUGAUCCAGGCAUACCCAGUAAAAACAGAAGGAUGCUUUAAGUCAGAGCAGAUAAUGUGUGAUCGUAAAGAGUGUGUCAGCUCAGACAAACUUCCAACUUCCUCCAAGAUGUCCCCAUGUACAAGAGUCUCGUUUUCUCAAGCUCCACUCUCCCUCUCAUCCCUCUCCUCGUGUUAACCCCAUUGCUCAUCUGUUUCUUUUAUUGUUUUCUCUCUCUCUCUCUGUUUUUUCUUUUCUUUAUCCGUCUGUGUAGGCAGCCCGUUGAGUAACUUCUUUGACGUAAUUAAACAGCUUUUUACAGACGACAAGAACACCCAAGCGUCCCACACCCCUGGUGCUCCUGUCGAGUCUAGCUCCCCCACCAAGCAUGCUUCUGGCAGCAGGCCCCACCAGC